AUUUAAUUGGCCACUGUCCGCUGUCAGUUGUCAAAGUGACAGUUCGAGGUUAAUUCAUCGUAAUUUCGCCAACUUGAUUGAUCACUCAAAAUGGGGCACGGUUUCGGGCAGUUAUAUAAACUCCGAGGAAUCAUCACUUACCGAUUAUCGCCCUUUGAACUCAAGGCCUUCUCUGGCAUUUUUUCACACGGUGUCCCAAACACUUUGAGACGUAUUAAAGAAGAAUUUUUAUACGUAGUUCCACCCCUCCUUCUUGGUUACGUGGUUUACGACCAAGUUGAAAAAGAACACCAAAGACUAAUGAGGAAAAAUCCAGCUGAUUUCGAAAAUGAUCAAUAAUUUGUAACGAUUUAGUCAAUAAAUAGCAAUAGUAGAAAUUGUUUAUUUACAUAACUUAAAACAGUUAGAAAAAUAUCAAAAUAUAGAAAAAUGUGAGUUAGA